AUGGCCAUCUCUCUCGCUUCAACCCUAAAAGCCUCCCAGCUUUCUCUCUCUCAGUCUCCCUCGCUCUCCACAGCACCGAGGCCACGACCCAGGAUCACCAUCUCAUGCCAAUCAUCAUCAUCAUCAUCGCCGGCGACCAGGACGGCACGUGAAAAUGGCUCCAACUACUACGAGCUGCUUUCACUGAACCCUAACGACACGAGCCCUGGCGACAUCAAGAAAGCGUACAGAUCGCUGGCGCUCCGUUAUCACCCGGACGCGUGUCGCGACCCGUCGAUGAAAGAAGAGUCGACGAGGAUGUUCCUCUGGCUUCACGAGGCCUACGAGACGCUGUCCGACCCCGAGUCGCGCCUAGUUUAUAACUACGAACUGGGCCUGAGCUCGACCGUGUCUUGGGGAUCACCAUGCAGCGUCGUCGACGGUAAUGGAAUAUUUACGUGCGAUGGUCGGGAAAUGGUGAGGGGUAGGUGGCAAGAUCAGAUCGUCGAGCUGAAGAGGAGGUCAAACAAUCGGAUGGCUCAGAAGAACGGGUCGUGGGCCGCGCGACAACGCUGUCAGAACCUCCGGAGAGAUUAA